GUCCACAGGAAGUGGAUUGUCAUUCUGUUCUGGUUGUGUCUGUCCUUGUUAGCUUCCAUGCUCAUGCGUACCAUUUGAAAAAAAGAUGCAUUGACUUGGUCCUAAACAGUGGACGUGAAAGAGAUUUGUGUUAACCUGCUGUCAACAGCAGCAACAUGUUGCGUGUCGGGGGCAAAGCAGCAUGCAUGGCCUGCAGGAAUCUGGUCUCCACCAACAUGGGGCUGAGAUUUCUGGCACCACUGCAGAAGCUUCAUCCUUUGUCCCGUGCCAUCCACCACCGCUAUUCAGGAAAUGGCAAUCCUCAGCGGCCACCCCAUCGCAUGGCAGCACGCUAUUUUACCUCCAUGUCGCGAUUACCCAUGCGAUCACCUAAGCCUCCUCCUGGGUCUGGGGGUCAUGGCUACCAGCAGCAACGUAACUUCUGGAUAGCCAGCCUUGCUGCUAGGUUGCUAAAGCUUCGGUACAUUCUUCUGGGCACAGCAGUGGGAGGAGGAUACACAGCUAAAAAGACAUAUGAAGAAUGGAAGGAGAUGUUGCCUGAUUUUAGUGAAUACAACUGGGUCAUUCCUGAUUUUGUCUGGGACUUGAGCGAACAAAUUGAUUUUGAUAAACUUGCCAAAGCUCUACCAGAGAUGGAAGAAAUAGCCAAACUGCUACCUGACUUCGACAAGAUUGGGGAGAACUUCACUUUCCUGAAAAGCCUCCUGUCGUCUGGUGUGAGUUUGGGUAGUGAAGUCAAAGGAGCUGGUCUGCAUCUGUUGUUAGAAACCUCAGUUGAUCCUUCUCUAAAAGCCACAGAUUCUUCUACUGCAGCUACACAAGAUGCCAGUGACAAGCAAUACAAAAAGGGUCUGCUUGGGGAGCUCAUUCUUAUUCAGCAGCAGAUCCAACGUCACGAGGAGGAGGUCCGGCGGGCCGCUGCAGCCAAUACUGUUCGUUCCCCACCACCAGAGUCUGCUCCCAGUCCGCCUCCAAACCCCCCUCAGCAGACACGCAAGUCAUCAGACAAAGAAAAGGUAGACCAGCUUCAAGAAGAACUGCUACGCACACAGUUAAAAUAUCAGCGCAUGCUAGAAAGACUGGAGAAGGAGAAUAAAGAGUUAAGGAAAGUAGUGCUGCAAAAGGAUGAUAAGGGGAUUCACCAAAGGAAGGUGAAGAAAUCCCUUAUUGACCUGUAUUCUGAAGUUCUGGACAUCUUGUCUGACUACGAUGCUAACUACAACACACAGGAUCACCUGCCCAGGGUGGUUGUGGUUGGGGAUCAGAGUGCUGGAAAGACCAGUGUGCUGGAAAUGAUAGCUCAGGCCAGGAUCUUUCCUCGAGGCUCAGGAGAGAUGAUGACACGUUCUCCUGUAAAGGUGACACUAAGUGAAGGACCCCACCAUGUGGCCAUGUUCAAGGACAGCGGCAGAGAGUUCGACCUUACUAAGGAGGAGGAUCUCGCUGCUCUGAGGCGUGAGAUUGAGCUGAGGAUGAGGAAGAGUGUGAAGGAGGGACAGACAGUCAGCCCUGAGACAAUAUCAUUGAGUGUCAAAGGGCCUGGGAUCCAGAGGAUGGUGCUUGUUGACCUACCAGGUGUCAUUAGUACGGUGACGACUGGCAUGGCAUCAGACACCAAGGAAACCAUUUUCAGUAUGAGCAGAGCCUACAUGCAGAACCCCAACGCAAUCAUCCUCUGUAUUCAGGAUGGCAGUGUUGAUGCAGAGCGGAGUAUUGUAACUGACUUGGUUAGCCAGAUGGACCCCCAGGGAAAGAGGACCAUCUUUGUCCUGACCAAGGUUGACUUGGCUGAGAAGAACCUGGCCAGCCCGAGCAGGAUCCAGCAAAUAGUGGAAGGAAAGCUGUUCCCCAUGAAGGCCCUGGGGUACUUUGCAGUAGUGACAGGCAAAGGGAGCAGCGCUGAAAGCAUAGACUCAAUUAAAGACUAUGAGGAGGACUUCUUCCAGAACUCCAGAUUACUGAGGGACGGCAUGUUGAAGGCCCAUCAGGUGACCACAAAGAACCUGAGCCUGGCUGUCUCUGACUGCUUUUGGAAGAUGGUUAGAGAGUCUGUUGAACAGCAGGCGGAUGUCUUUAAAGCAUCCCGUUUCAAUUUGGAGACAGAAUGGAAGAAUAACUACCCUCGACUGAGAGAGCUGGACAGGAAUGAACUAUAUGAAAAGGCCAAAAAUGAAAUCUUGGAUGAAGUCAUUAGUUUGAGUCAAGUGACCCCACAACACUGGGAGGCCAUCCUACAGAAGAAAUUGUGGGAACGUGUUUCCACUCAUGUAAUUGAGAACAUCUAUUUGCCUGCUGCCCAAACAGUGGACUCGGGUACCUUUAACACCACUGUAGACAUCAAGCUGAAGCAGUGGACUGACAAGCAGCUUCCGCACAAAGCACUGGAGGUUGCCUGGGAGACACUGCAGGAGGAGUUUGCCCGCUUCAUGGCUGAAUACAAAGGCAAAGACCAGGACGACAUUUUUGACAAGCUGAAGGAAGCUGUGAAGGACGAGAGCAUCAAGAGGCACAAAUGGAAUGAGAGGGCCAUGGACAGCCUGAGGGUAAUCCAGCACAAUGCCUUGGAAGACCGUUCCAUCACAGACAAGCCUCAGUGGGAUGCAGCAAUUCAGUUCAUGGAAGAAACCCUUCAGUCACGCCUCAAAGACACUGACUCAGUAAUCAGAGAUAUGGUGGGACCAGACUGGAAGCAGAGGUGGAUGAACUGGACAAAUCGUACAGCAGAUCAGCACAUACGUAAUGAAACAAAAAAUGAGCUAGAGCGGUUGCUGAAGCUCCACGAUGACCACACUGCGUACUUGGCCAAUGACGAGGUCACCACAGUGAGGAAGAACCUUGAAGGACGAGCGGUUGAAGUUGACCCUGGACUGAUCAAGGACACAUGGCAUCAGCUGUAUCGCCGACACUUUUUGCAGAAGGCACUUGCCCACUGUAACCUCUGCAAGAGAGGCUUUUACUACUACCAGAGACACUUUGUUGACUCCGAGCUGGAGUGCAAUGACGUGGUACUGUUCUGGAGGAUUCAGAGAAUGCUGGUCAUCACAGCCAACACUCUCCGACAGCAGCUCACCAACACUGAGGUGAGGCGAUUGGAGAAAAAUGUGAAGGAGGUACUGGAUGACUUUGGGGAAGACAUGGAAAAGAAGACCCACCUCAUUACAGGCCGCCGAGUCCAGCUGGCUGAGGAUCUAAAGAAAGUUCGUGAGAUCCAGGAAAAACUUGAAGCCUUCAUAGAAGCUCUUCAUAAGGAGAAAUAAAAAAGACAAACCUAGAACUAUUAAAAGAACAUUUUUGGAUCACAAGAGAGAAAUGCACUGAACAGAGACAAGUAAAUGUGUAAAUGACCCGUCUGCUCCCCCCCCGUCCUCACCUCAACACUCACCUGGUUUUAAUGCUCCUGGCUUUGCUUCCUUGGACACGAUGGAAAGAUGGAUGAGAUUGAGGAAAAUUUACUAAACAGUUGUUUUCCCCCCUUCCUCUUUGUGGGGUGUCCCUCCCUCAUCAGUGUGGGGGACACCGGCACAGAAGCCCAAAACAAGACAAUAAUAAGACCGCUUGCAUUGUGCUUGAAAUAAAUGAGUAUUGUUUUCA